AUGGGAGAAAUACAGGGGUACCUGGGCAGCUGUAUGGACCACACCUGUCCUGCUGGCACAAUCUGUGUGUCGGCACCAAGUGGUACCAUGGCAAGAUACUCCUGUCUACAACAGGAUAACUGCAGUAUUGCCAUGUUCUGCCCUGCACCAUCCGACAUCUGUGUCUGUCCAAUGUACCUAGUGAACGGACCAGAGCCUGUGUCUGAUGACCAGAUUACUGCUUCAUCAUAUUUUGAUUCGUUCCAUGCCCCUUCAAGUGCCAGACUGAAUGCCGUAACGACUGAAACGAGUACUGGGGUGCAGUUCAAUGGUCUAACAAACGUGGUAGGCGUGGCCUUACAAGGUCGACCAAUCAACACGGACCACGCCAUUCAUGGAUUGGAUUGUUGCUACCAGUAUGUGACCACGUACAAAGUUGUCUACAGUAGUGACUGUGUUCACUUUCUCACUAUUGUGGACACCAAUGGCAAUGCUAAGAUAUUUGACGGAAACACGGAUCAGGAUACGAUUGUUACAUCGAUGUUGCCCAGUGAGGUGACCGCUCUCUGCGUCAGAAUCAACCCAGUCACGUGGCAUGAAUGGAUAAGCCUGAGGUUCGAUAUUCUCGGAUGUCCUAUUAGAGAGCUUUCAUGA